CGCCCAGCUACCGGCUGGAACGUGGAGAGCCCAGCGUGGGGUCUGGCCCGACGCAGCCCUCGGGGGCGUGUCCUCCCAGAGCCCGGAGCCACCGCUAGGACAGUCCAGCAGCGGCGGCUGGAGUGCGGCGGCUGGGCUGCGGCGGCUGCCGAGGACUCGCCCCAGAGAGCAUGAACCGCGAGCUGGAACGGCUAGCGGCCCAGCCCGCGCUCCUGGGGGAGCCUCCCUUCCAAGCGCUGGUGGAGGCGGCGGGCGGACGCGGGCAGGUGUUGCUGGUGGGCGAGCUGUGGGAGCGCGAGCAGAGCCGCGCACUGCUGCGGGACUUCGCCCGGGCCGUGUUCCCGGCCGAGCCAGCCGCGGGCAAGCCAGGCAACGUGGUAGCGGAGGGCGCUGGGCCCGGCGCUCCCAGGGCUUCGCUGGCGCCCAGGACGGCGAGGGCGCGCGCUAUCCACUCGCCGCUCGUCUUCGUGCUAUGCCGCGCGUCCUCGCUGGCCGCCAGGGAGCCGCGGCGCCGCCUGCGGGAGAUGCUGAGGGAUGUGCGUGACCGGCGGGCGGCCGGCGCGGCGCUGGUUGGGGUGCUGGUGGCUGAGGCCGGGCCCGAGGACGCGGUGGCGCCGGUGUUGCGGCGCCUGGAGGCUCUGCUACGCACAGUGUUCGGCAGCCAGGUAGGGGGGCCGGUGCAGGCGGCAGCCUACAGCCCCAGCCACCCAGCCUCCAGCCUGGCGGUCCAGGCAGCUGCUAGCAGGGCACUGCAAGACGCCAGUCCCGCGCGACCAGAAGGAGCCUGGGAGAGACCCGGCCUCCCGGCGCUGCUGGCGUGCUUCUCCUGGGGUCCCUGGAGCCGGAGGAAGGACCCAUAUGCCACCUCCCCCAGUGGCCCAGCUCAUGGUCACUUGCAGGACCCGGAGGAGGAGCUGGCGCUGACGGUCAUACUUCCCAACGGAGACUGUGAGGACCCUGGGAAGGCGUCGGGGGCCUGCCAUGGAGCUGUCCCCGCUCCCCCAGCUGCCCCCGAGGCCGCUGGGGACUCCAGAUGAAGGCUGCACCCCUGGGCCACUCCAGCUCUGACCUGCAGGCUGGGGGCUAGCUCCUCGUCACUGAGUCCUCGGGCCUCCGUGUUGACAUUGGGGUGGCCGUCACUAGGGAGACCCUACCUUCUGGGGGGCUGCCACAUGGUCAGAUUCCCAGUCAGGCAGCAGGACUUACAAAGCGAAGCCGGACCUACGAAAACAGACCAUCUGAGAACCUGCCCCCCACCUCAUAUUUGGUCACGCUGGUCAGAGUGAGGGGGUUUCUUCGCUCUGUGCCUUGGUUUCUCUGUGCCACCAAGAAGGAGGGUGGUCAAUUUUGAGGCACCAUGGUGCAGUGGCAUCCCAGGGUUGCAUGCAUGAGCAUCCAUCAUUUCAGGUGUGGCUGGGAAAAACCCUGGACCAGAAGUCACCAGAUUGAGGGGGCAGGGAGUCUUGGACCAGUCACUCAACCAGUGGCCAGGCUACUUGCCCCCCGGAAGCACUAGAAAUGUGUGUGUGUGCGUGUAUGUGUUGGCAGGGUCACUGGGACUGUGGGGUGCCCCUGGCAUGUAGCAGGCAUCUCACAUUAUAUAGGACAAACUCCAGCAGCACAGAACUGUUGUUCUGCUCAAAAUGCCCAUCAUGGCACCUUUGAGAAACGCUGAAUGAGCCCAUCUCUUCUCCCCGUCAAACCCUAGGAAGACUCCCCUAGAGCAGAGAGGGUUGGGCUUCCUGGGACGCUUGCUCCCGAGCAAGCCGGAAUAGAGACCCCACUGCCACCUGGGCCGGAGGGGCCGGAGUCAGGAUGCUCCGUGGGCUGCUGGCCCGGAACGGAAAUAGCCUUACACACCCGUGAGAAGAAAGGGCUCUCUUUCUUCCUCAUGGUGACAGCGACUUUCUGGGCCAAGUCCUUAGGAAUAAGGAUGCUGGGACCUGCCCACAGCACCAAACAGAAGGGAAGGUGGGUUGUGGAUUAAGACCAUCGGGCAUAAGGCUUGCUCUCAAUCUCAGGCCCUAACCCAAGGUCAAAGCCGAGCCAGCCCGAAAGUGCUGAGGGCCUGAAUCCUUUCGUUCUCUGUCUGUGAGCCGGACAAGGUCAGUGAUGUCCCCUUAAAGGCCAGCACGGCCAUCUGCUCGCUCGGAGGGAAUUCUUCAUCACCUCCCGUGUCUUCCUCGCCUGCCCCUGGAGGAAGCCAGUCUUUGGAACGGCAAGGAUGGCUCUCGGUCUUCCCGCGCAGGGAGUGCCGUCCAAGGGGAGCAGCUACGCUCACUCCCUCGUGCAGGAUUCAUUCAGCAGCCGUGCGGCUGUGCCUACUGUUUGCCCGGCAUCCUGCCAGGUGCUACGUAACCUCCUUAUGUCUGCUCUCUCUGUGACGGUGCCAAAAUGUGGAACGGGGAACCUCCUGUGGCUGGGGGGGUGGGGGUGAUCUUAAAGAGGACCCCUUCACGCCCUACACCUCCAUGUUUUCUCUACAACGGGGAGCCUGAUCCCUAAUCGGCGGAAUGAGGGCAGGCAGGACGCCACCUUAUCUGCAGCCUGAGUCAUUUUAAUCACGUGAAGCUGUCCCACUGGUAGGAGGGCCCCGCUGGCUUCCUUCUGCACAGGAAUGAACGCAAUGGGUUACUGCUGAUGUUGUUUGUGGAGGGACUGGUAUCAUUGAAGCUGCUCUAUUUUUUUCUAUUGAUCCAUUAAUUUCUUCGGAAUGAUUUGAUUAGAAUUUCAUUAUUUGGUAGGGGGAGGGAGCUUUUCUUAAGUUAGAAAAUCAUCUAAGGCAGAAGUCACGGGGAAGCAGCCUCUCCUAUGUUUAAAAACCUAGGAGUUCGUUGUCGAUAUCUGAAACCUAGGAGAUUGCACAUAAAAAAAAAUAGCUUGGUUUCUGGGUGGAGGAUGGGGCGGGCCAUCAUCCCCACUUCACUAUAGUACCACCCCACACACGUGGGCCCCUCUCCCAUGCCCAGCCCCCGCCCCCACUGCACUUCACUUAUAAGUGACCCCUGCCAGGUCCUGGUCCUGGUGGGCAUUUGAGUGCGCAAGCCUCUGGUAUAGAGGGUGGUUUACACACUUUUUCAUUACCCUCAGUGUUUCCUGUGAAUGGGUGAAGAGAGAAGGUCUUUCUUGACUAAGGUUUAGGUUCUGUCCCCGACUGAUAGAGACGGGACUGAGGUCCGUCCUGGCCGAUCUUGGCUUCUGUGAGUGAUGGCCAAGGUAUGCGCCAGGCUUUAGGAACCGCCUGGUCGCUCUUUUCCAGCAGACGGAAGAGUUAGGUGCCGGGAGGGACCUUGGCAGUGGGUCUCCCCUCCAAGGACAAUUACCAGGUCUGAAAGCUGGGGUGGGCCUGUCUGAGUGGGCGCUCCGGGCUAGGUGAGUGGGGCCAGCAGCUGUGGGCACGGGGUCUCUGGUGGGGUCAUAGUCCGGGCUCAUGGGCACUCAUCUUUCUUACGUGGCAGUUGUAUUGCUUCUGACUUGAGUUGGUAAUUCCUUAGAUCUCAUAAAGCCAGACAGCACCUCGCUGCCACCUGAGCGAAACAGAACAAGUCUCCCCCUUUAUUCUCUGGAGGUGCUCCUUGUAGGAGCCCCUGGGGACCAGGCAUCUGGGCAAAUGGGGGGAACCUCUGAAACAGUUUGUCCCGAAAGUCCCCUGGUCCCGCCCUGAGUGACAUCUCUCCACAAAUGUGUUGGCUGGGGUGGGAAAGGGAAUAUCUAAAGAGACUGUUGAAGAGACAGGAUUUAGCUUGGUGUUUAAUGCGGGGGGAGGGGGGGUAUGUUGGUGUGUGCACACACUCACGUUGAACGAGAUAAAGUAGCCCUAAUGGAGUCUCAGAGAGACUUUUAUAACGAGUGUGCCGCACUUCCUGUCCUCUCAGUGCAUUUGUCUCCGGGACCCACCGCACAAGGGAGGUUCCUAGGUUGUCAAGCCCAGACCAAGGCAAACCUGCAGAGGAGCCCAGGGCUGAGACCCCCCAAGCUGUGACCUCCACAAACCCCUCCUACCCCAGACAGAGAGCCAGGGCCCAGUGUCACUGGGAAAGGUGGGCGACAGCCACAUUAACUCGGAUUAGCAGGCUGUACCUCGGAGCGCAGCAGAACCACGCUGCGGCCUGGCUCCCGGGGGUCCAGAGGCCCCCCUGCGCUUUGUCCUGUUAGGGCAGCAAACACAGCCAGCGCCAUGGGGGGAACCAGUUGUUUGUACCCAAGGGUGGCACCACCCCUCCUGGCCUGGUUUUGUGUUUUAGUGAAUCAGGGACUGAGGUGGACAUGGAAUUUGGCCUGGGCAGCCUGCCCCUCAUACAACCUUGGAGCGUAAGGGAAAUGGGGUACGAGGCAGGGUGGACACAGCCUGGGUCCCGUAGGAGUCUCUCAGAUGCCUUUGGUCCCAAGUCUGCGCCCUCUGGUUGCGUUAUGAGUGGGCUGCCUCGUUGGGAGCAGAGACAGAGCCUCCCCCACGGGGUCAUGCCAUGAGUCACAGGGGCCAGGUGUGAGCUAGUUCAGGUCCAAACCCAGGCUGGGCACUGGAGCCACUGCGGAGCCAGGGGUCAGGGGACACCCUGUGUAGCUUUCUCCGCGACCUCCCCAGCCCCAGCCAGGGCGCCUGCUGCAGAUGCAGACCCAACCUGCCUGUCCCUUGACGGGCGAAACUCAGAGACCCUCAGGCAGCAGUUCAGACCAUGCGUCCUAGGUCAGUCUUGCUGUCCCGCGCCGCAGCGUACUUGGAGGAACUGGGCACUUGGCUUAGUCCUUGUGACCGAGCCCUCAUUUGAGUCCUGGUGGGAGAAACUGGGGCUCCUUCUCUCUUUCACUGGCUACCGAGCUCUUCUCGGAGCAGGGUGCUGCCCCGGCUCGUUACCCCGACCCCAGUCACCUCUCAGCCCGACCACCUCCCGCCCCAGGGACACCGCCCGCUCCAGCAGUCCUGGCCGCCGGGACAGCCACUCCCGGUCCCUUGCUCUCGGUCCCGUGCCUGGUCUGGUCUGGGCACGUGUCAGCACCAAAGACAAGGCAGGACAGAGAAGCAGGCCAGAGGGAAUCUGGCCUCAGGUGGGUCUCGACCGGCCCUGCCCGAGAGAAGUCUAGCGUCAGGCGCCUGCAGCUUCCGAUGUUCGAGUAACCACAUUGGAAAAAAAAAAGAAACAGGUGAAAUUAAUUUUAAUAACAUAUUUUAUUUAGCUCAACAUGUCCAAUGUACUACCAUUUCAUCUGUAAACAUUUUAAAAACUUAAUGAGGCCUUUGCAUCUUUGAAAUCCUGUGAGAACUGACACCUGCAGCCCAAGUUGGAGAUUCAGUUUUUAUCUCAAAUACUUGGUCUGUCCUUACAUUUUGUUAAGUUUCCAGUUAAAUUCACAUCCUAGAUCCGUUUCAGAUAUUCUUAAAAGUUUUCCUAUAACUUAAUUGGGUAUCAGUCUUUGCAAUGAAAUAGCUUGCAAUGAAAUAAAACUAAAUUUAAAAUGA